AAGAUCUGGCGAGCUCUAUCCGGCUGAGAUGGGGCAAGGAGGAUAAUGCAAUGGAUUACGAGGCCACUGGGGCACUUUUCUUUCUUUAUUUCUGAUGGCCAGGGGAGUCCCAGACCCAUGAAACUUGCCCUCGGCUUCCUCUCCACUUGAGCCCCCAAGCAAUGGGACACCUUCCCUGCAGCAGCAACAACUUACUCCGGGGGGGAACAUCCCAGAAGGCAAGAAACAACAGCCGCCAAACGGUCCAGCAGGAGAGCAAGAUUUCCGGGACAAUACAGCAAAUGCCCAGCACUGACAAAUUCCCCUGGAUUUAACUGGAGAAGGCACCCCAGCCAGAGGAGGAAAUUAAAGCGUUGGGCUGGUGGGGUGUGUUUUUUGGGGGGGGUUGGGGUUUUUUUGGUUUUUCCCCCUAUCCCUCCUCCCCCAUGGCAAAUAUACUCUGGUUGCAUCUUGCCUGUUCCAGCAACUCGAUGCCAGGACUGGGAUCCCACUGAAGGGAAAGGAGAUUUCUGUGCAGGAAUCUGCUCGUCCAACCAAACCUCACUGCAGUGUGGGGGGGCGGAAAAAAUCCGCGGUGGAGUUUAAACACCAAGUCUCUCUCCAAGGUGCUGACACGGGGGUCUCUGUCCAGGGUCCUGAAUUCACAGCCUCCUGCUCCCCUCCGCAACUCGCUCAUAGGAAGAUUGUCUGCAAAUGACCACGUAGGAAGUUCCAGCACUUUAUUCCGCCUCGUUUGGGGGUUUGGUUUUUAUUACCGCCGUUGUUGUCAUUUUUUAAGUGGAAAUUUAAUCCUUGGCUUAUUUUGUUUUAUUUUUAAACUCGUGGAUUACAAACCACCAGAUCGUAAACAAUGUUUAACGUCAAUGCACUUGGAGUCUACGUUUGGGAAACUCUAGUAUUCUUCAGCCUGGCGGCUUCCAAAGAAGCCGAAGCAGCAGCACGGUCUACUUCCAAACCCAUGUCCCCCUCGGAUUUCCUGGAUAAGUUGAUGGGCAGAACCUCAGGAUACGAUGCCAGAAUCAGACCAAAUUUUAAAGGCCCUGCAGUAAACGUCAGCUGCAACAUUUUCAUCAACAGCUUUGGUUCUAUUGCAGAAACGACUAUGGACUACAGGGUGAACAUCUUCUUGCGGCAGCAGUGGAACGACCCGCGGCUGGCAUACAACGAGUACCCUGAUGACUCCCUGGAUUUGGACCCCUCCAUGCUGGAUUCCAUCUGGAAGCCUGACUUGUUCUUUGCCAACGAGAAGGGGGCCCAUUUCCACGAGAUCACCACAGACAACAAACUUUUGCGCAUUUCCAGAAACGGCAACGUCCUCUACAGUAUCAGGAUUACACUAACGCUGGCUUGUCCCAUGGAUCUGAAGAACUUCCCAAUGGACGUGCAGACGUGCAUCAUGCAGUUAGAAAGCUUUGGCUACACAAUGAACGAUCUGAUAUUCGAAUGGCAAGAGAAAGGAGCUGUGCAGGUUGCUGAUGGAUUAACCUUGCCUCAGUUUAUCCUGAAGGAAGAAAAAGAUUUGCGAUACUGCACCAAGCAUUACAACACAGGCAAGUUCACCUGCAUAGAAGCACGUUUCCACCUGGAGCGACAGAUGGGCUACUACCUAAUCCAGAUGUAUAUCCCCAGCCUUCUGAUAGUCAUCCUGUCUUGGAUCUCCUUCUGGAUCAACAUGGAUGCUGCCCCUGCCCGUGUUGGCCUGGGCAUCACCACUGUGCUCACUAUGACCACCCAGAGCUCUGGUUCCCGAGCGUCAUUGCCCAAGGUGUCCUACGUUAAGGCCAUAGACAUCUGGAUGGCGGUGUGCUUGCUGUUCGUGUUCUCAGCUCUUCUGGAGUAUGCCGCGGUCAACUUUGUGUCCCGGCAGCACAAAGAGCUGCUCAGAUUCAGAAGGAAGAGGAGGCACCACAAGGAGGACGAAGCCGGAGAAGGCAGAUUCAACUUCUCUGCCUAUGGGAUGGGCCCUGCCUGCCUGCAAGCCAAGGACGGCAUCUCGGUCAAAGGAGCCAACAACAACAACACGGCCAACCCAGCCCCGGCCGCCUGCAGGUCUCCCGACGAGAUGCGCAAGCUCUUCAUCCAGCGAGCCAAGAAGAUCGACAAGAUCUCGCGCAUCGGCUUCCCCAUGGCUUUCCUCAUCUUCAACAUUUUCUACUGGAUUAUCUACAAGAUCGUCCGCAGGGAGGACGUGCACAACCAGUGAGCAGGGCCGCCCGGAGAGGAGAGCCAAACGGGAUGAGAGGGGAGAAAGCAAUCCUCUAUACCCAUGUGCAAUAGCAAUGCAGCAAUGCAUGAAUUUAAGAAUGUGGCAAUAUCUACUUUAAAAUAAACGGGGGGGGGGGACUUUUAAAUAUACAAACUGAGAAUUACCAGGGGCUGGGGAAGGAAGUUUUCCAAAACUUGAAUUGGGGGAUUGCCGAGGGCUAGGCGUUUUACAGCAUAGGAAGGUUCGGAUUGCUACAGCGGCAGUCCAAGCAGUGUAAUAUAUUAAAUAUAUAUUCAUGCUUAAUUAUAAUGCAAAAAAAAUCCUUUUUUUAGCCUAUUAACAGCUUAAAUUCUAAAGCCACUGGAAUGAUUCAUGAUUCCAUGUGCAGAAGAUAUUGCAAUGAUGCUUAAAUCUGAUUUUUGCUAUAUAAAGGCCAUACCAGUUUCCAGCCAAGCACGCAAAAAAAAAAA